AUGGCUUCAAAGCGAGUAACAUGCCAGGAUGAUGAGGCAAGUACUGGUUGCCUUCCAAAAAAGACAUUUAUCGCCCUCCUUCGCAUUCCAGAAGUAAGUUCAAAUUUAGCAGCAUAUUCCCGAACAGCCCGAAUUAUUCAAGACGCAAAAAAUCGGGAUGACAUCGUAAAUUGGAGAGCCAUGAACCAGGAAGAUGGUGAAGAUGGUGAAAUUUGUCUGCCGGCUGCUAUUUAUCUGGAACUGUUCAGGAAUCCAGCAAUGCGAGGACACCUAAGUGCUGUCGCCCGAGCCCAAAAAAUACUUGAAAGUCCUGCUGCUUCCUAUCCCGAUUCAGACAUAAAGCGAAGUUUAGCGAUUCUUGCAAAAAAUAACGAUAUGCCAGUUACUGGUCAAGGUCAUGAUGGUGAAGUCGAAGUUCAAAAUGAUGGCGAGGGUGGAGGAGGUGGUAUGGAUGGUGAGGGAUCAGAAUUUGACCAUCAAACCUUGGACAUUCUUCUAAAAAUUCUGCAUGAAAAUGAUCAAAGAAAUGUACAUGCUAUUGCUAGGGAAUAUACCCUUCCUAAUGGACAAAUUGAUUUUGAAGCGAUAGCAAGGGAUUAUGGUAAUGAAAAGCGUAAUAUUGCUUCGAUGGCUAGAGACUUCAAUUUGCCCCCACACGGUAAAAGAAACGUGGCUUCUUUAGCAAGAGACUACGCCCUUCCAGGUGGUAAGAGAAACUUUAGCGACUUUUUAACAGAUGCUCUGCUGUCCUACGAAAAAAAGAACAUAGCCUCAUUAAUGAGAAAUAAUGGUGGUAAAAGAAAUGUAGCAGCUCUAGCUAGAGACUUUGCUCUUCCACCGAUGCCAGCUGGUAAAGGAAGAAAACGAGCAUUUUUCGGGUCUUGGGGUCUUCCUGAUGAUGAGACAGAAAAUGAAGAAAAGAGGAACAUUGCAGCAUUAUCAAAGAAUGACGAUUGGCCUAUCUUCAACAAAAGAUUCGGAGUCGGUUCAAGCCGGAUUUUGCGUUUUCCAACCACAAAUCGUUUUGGCAGAUCCUUAGGUGAUCAGGACAUGUCUCAGGAACUUCUGAAUCUUCAAAGACUGGCACAUCUAAACGCUGAACGGAAUCAUGAAAAUGCAAUGAUGGAUUUACUGGGUUUACUAGGGACAAAAAACGGAGCGAAUGAGAAAAUGCUCUCUGGAGAGAGGAGGCCCAAGAGGCAGCUUUACUUUAGUGAAGAGUAUCCUUUACCAGUCAUGCAGAACAACAAUGUCUUUGAUUAUGAGGAUCUUAUAGAAGCUCUCACGGGACAGUAUCCCAAGACAGAGAAGAGGUUCAUGGUUUUGAACCAACACCUUCUUCAACCGAACUUGGAACUAACACCUUUCUCGAGCACAUUCGGAACGAGCAUCUUCUUCAAGCGAACUUCGAACCAACGCCUUCCUCGAGCACAUUCGGAACGAACACCUUAUUCUACUCAGGCGUCGAAAUAA